AUGAAAAUAACAUAUUUUUUAACGGGUUUUAUAUGUUUCAUUUUAUCUAUUGCCCCAAUAAUAGAAGCAGUAUAUGCUGUUAUGUCCAUUGAUCUUGGGGAUCAGUACUUAAAAAUUGGAAUUGUAAAACCAGGUGUUCCUAUGGAAACUGUUCUUAAUAGAGAGUUUCGUAGAAAGACUGUUAAUAUGAUUGGUAUACGAAAAGGUGAAAGGUACUUUUCUGAUGCUGCUGCAAACUUGAAUGUCAAAUAUCCAAUAAAUACAUAUGGUUAUAUUAUGGAUUUAAUUGGAAAACAAUAUAAUGAUACAGCAAUAAAAAUUUAUAAAAAACGUUUCCCAUACAUUAAAUUACUUGCUGAUAAGAAACGUAAUACAGUUGUUGUAGAAACUGAUAGCGGAAAAUAUAAUGUUGAAACACUUUUAGGUAUGAUUUUAUGGAAUGCUAAUGAAAUAACAAAUAUAUAUGCUGGACAAAAAGUUAAUAAUGCUAUAAUAACUGUUCCAUCAUAUUAUACACAAUAUGAAAGAGAAGCAAUUGAAGUAGCAGCAGAAAUUGCUGGAAUAAAACUUUUAAAAAUUAUUAAUGAAGCAAGUGCAAUUGGUUUAAAUUAUGGUGUAUUUAGAAUGAAUGAAAUAAAUGAAACAAAACAUAAUAUGCUUAUUUAUGAUGUUGGUGCAUCAAAAACUUCAGCUGUUAUUAUUGAAUAUCAAAAAUUUAUUAAUGAAACUUCAAAACAAUCAUAUCCUGUUGUUAAAACUCUUGGAUUUGGUUAUGAUCGUAAUCUUGGUGGAUUAAAAUUAACAUUUCGUUUACGUGAUUAUUUAGUUAAUCAAUUCAAUAGAUAUUUUCUAACAAGCUCAAAUAUUACUGAAAGUCCAAGAUCAAUGGCAAAAAUGCUUAAAGAAGCUGAACGAGUAAAACAGGUAUUAUCAGCCAAUACCAAACAUAAAGCUCAAGUUGAGAAUGUAUUUGAAGAUAAAGAUUUUAAAGCAGAAAUUGCAAGGGAAGAGUUUUUGUAUCAUAUUUCAGAUUUAGAUGAUAAAUGGACAAAACCAAUUGAUAAAGCACUUGAAAUGGCAGGAUUAAAAUUGGAGGAAAUUGAUAAAUUUGUACUUUUUGGUGGUGGCACAAGAGUUCCUAAAAUUUUAGAAAUUUUAACAAAAUAUUUGAAUGGUAAAGAAAUAGGAAGAUUUUUAAAUACAGAUGAAUCUGCAUCACUUGGUGCACUUUAUUAUGGUGCUUAUUUAGCAAAAGGUUUUCAAGUAAAAAAAUUUGAAAUUGAAGAGAAAAAUGAUGUUGUUGAAAAAUUAUCAGAGAAAUAUAAAAUUGAAAAAAUGAGUGAUGAAGAUAUUAAAGCUUCAAAAGCUAUUUUAAAAGAUUAUGAAAAGAAAGAAUAUGAAAAAGCUGAACGUGAUGCUGCACAUAAUAGUUUGGAGUCAACAGUUUAUACAACAAAAGAUUUACUUGAAAAUUCAGAGUUUACAAAAUAUGCAACAGAUGAUGAAUUAUCAAAAAUUCGUGAAACAGUUGAAGAAGUUUAUCUUUGGUUAGAAGAUGAAGUAACAUCAGACACAACAAGCUCUGAUUUUAUAGACAAAUCUAAAAUAAUUGAUUAUUCGUUAAACCCCAUUAAAUUUCGCCAAAAGGAACAUUAUGAAAGACCUAAAAAAAUUAAAUCAAUAGAAAAAAUUUUAAAUGAGACAACGAAAUUUAUUGAGAUAGGAAAAAAUUUAACAGAUAUACUAAGUGAAGAUGACAUUAAAACAUUACAGGAUGCAUACGAUGAUACAUUAAAUUGGUGGACAGUAACAAGUAAUGCACUAGUUGAUAUACCAUUAAAUAAAGAUGCUCCUGUUACAAAUAUUGAGAUAAUUGAGAAGGCAAAAGAAUUAAAGCGCAAGUGGAAAGUUUUGGAAAAUAAAAUGAAAAAUAUAAUUGCUGAAAAAUUAAAAGCACAGGCAGAAAAAGAAGCUGCAGAAAAAAAAAUAGUUGAAGAAGCUGCUAAAAAAUUAGCUGAGGAGGAAAAAAAUAAAAAAGAAGCUGAAAAUGAAAAUGAUUCUGAAAAUAAAACAAUACUAAAUGAUGAAAUUGCAAAUCAAGAAACUUCCGAUAACGCAAAUGAUUCACAAAGAAAAGAGACAGAUGUGGGUGAUGAUGAAACUAAAAGUCAUAUACCAGAAGAACUUUGA